AUGGCAAAACUUAUUCUCCUCACAGGUCUGGCCUUUCUGCUGAAUGCUCAGCUAGGUUCUGCCUACCAGCUAGUAUGCUACUUCUCUAACUGGGCCCAGUACCGUCCAGGCCUGGGAAGCUUCAAGCCUGACAACAUCGACCCCUGCCUCUGCACUCACCUGAUCUAUGCCUUCGCUGGGAUGAGUAACAGUGAGAUCACCACCACUGAAUGGAAUGAUGUGGCUCUCUACAGUUCUUUCAAUGACCUGAAAAAAAAGAACAGCCAGCUGAAAAUUCUCCUGGCCAUUGGAGGCUGGAACUUUGGAACUGCCCCUUUCACUGCUAUGGUUGCCACUCCAGAGAACCGCAAAACUUUCAUUUCUUCAGUCAUCAAAUUCCUGCACCAGUAUGGAUUUGAUGGGCUGGAUUUUGAUUGGGAGUACCCUGGCUCUCGUGGAAGCCCAUCUCAGGACAAGCAUCUCUUCACUGUCUUGGUGCAGGAAACACGUGAAGCUUUUGAACAGGAAGCCAAGCAAACCAACAAGUCCAGGCUGCUGGUCACCGCUGCAGUAGCUGCUGGCAUCUCCAAUAUCCAGGCUGGCUAUGAGAUUCCCCAGCUAUCCCAGUACCUGGACUUCAUCCAUGUCAUGACCUAUGACUUCCAUGGCUCCUGGGAAGGCUACACCGGAGAGAACAGCCCUCUCUACAAAUACCCAACUGACACUGGAAGUAAUGCUUACCUCAAUGUGGAAUACGCCAUGCACUACUGGAAGAGCAAUGGGGCCCCGGCGGAGAAGCUCAUCGUUGGAUUCCCUGCCUACGGACACAAUUUCAUCCUAAGAGACGCUUCCAACAAUGGCAUUGGUGCCCCAACUUCUGGCGCUGGUCCUGCUGGGCCCUACACCAGGGAGGCUGGGUUCUGGGCCUACUAUGAGAUCUGCACCUUCCUGAAAGAAGGAGCCACUGUGGCAUGGGAUGACCCUCAGAACGUGCCCUAUGCCUACAAGGGCACUGAGUGGGUUGGUUAUGACAAUGUUAACAGCUUCAGAAUCAAGGCUCAGUGGCUUAAGGAGAACAACUUUGGAGGUGCCAUGGUCUGGGCCAUUGACCUGGAUGAUUUCACAGGCACUUUCUGCAACCAGGGCAAAUUCCCCCUGAUAAACACCUUGAAGGAUGCUCUUAGCCUGAAGAGUGCAGCCUGUAACGCCUCCGCUCAGCCCAGUGAGCCCAACAGCAGUCCUGGAAAUGGAAGUGGGAGUGGAAAUGAGAGCAGCAGCUCUGAGAGUAGAGGGUACUGUGCUGGCAAAGCUGAUGGCCUCUACCCAGUGGCGGAUAACAGAAAUGCCUUCUGGAACUGCGCAAAUGGAAUCACAUAUGAGCAGAAUUGCCCGACCGGGCUUGUCUUUGACACCAGCUGUCACUGCUGCAACUGGGCAUAA